AUGGAAGAGCUCUGGGUUCUCAUCGGGAUUCUAGUUAUUUUAAUACCCCUUCUGAAAUGCCUUAGGUAUUUCCUACUCACCAAAUGGCAUGGGGUACCAAACUCUUUCUUCACUUCCAUGGGGGAAUGGGCAGUUAUCACUGGCUCAACAGAUGGUAUUGGAAAAGCAUAUGCACAUGAGUUGGCCAGGCGUGGUUUAAACAUAUUACUCAUAAGCAGGUCUACAGAGAAGUUACAAAAGGUUGCAAAUGAAAUAGAGCAAGCCACAGGAAGAAAUGUAAAAAUAAUUCAGGCAAACUUUAUUAAUACGGACAUCUAUCAGCACAUUGAAAAAAAUCUGAGAGGCCUUGAUAUUGGGAUCCUGAUAAAUAAUGUUGGAAUUAUACAGGAAUCACACCCAUGUAAAUUUCUCGAAAUGAACGAUCUGGAUAAGACCGUCAAUGAUAUGAUUUCUGUUAAUGUGGUGGCUGUGGUCAAGAUAUAUUAUACUUUCAGAAAAAAGGGUUUGAUCCUGAACAUUUCAUCUGGAACUGCUAAUUUCCCAUGUCCUUACUACUGUCUGUACUCAUCUACAAAGAUCUUUAUCGAAAGAUUUUCUAGAGGCUGUCAAGCAGAAUAUGGAUCAAAGGACAUUAUUAUACAGUGUUUAAUGCCCUACGGUGUGGCUAGUCAAAUGUCAAAAUCUGAUCCUGGAUUGAUGGUUCAGAGCGCUGAACAAUUUGCAAGAGAAUCAUUGAACUGUGUCCUGCUUGGGGAUCGAUGCAGUGGCUGUCUGAUGCAUGAAAUACUGGUUUCUUGGUUUAUGGCCACCUGUGAGCAAGCAAAUCUCAAGGUUGUAUAA